GCGUCGCGGCCGGGAGCGGAGCGGAGCGGGCCGGAGGCAGCGGGCGGGCCAUGCCGGCGCAGGUGCCAGUGACGUUCGAGGACGUGGCGGUCUAUUUCUCCCCAGAGGAGUGGGCGGCGUUAGCGGAAUGGCAGCGGGAGCUGUACCGGGACGUGAUGAUGGAGAAUUACGAGCUGGUGGCAUCCUUGGGCUCCGCGGGCCCCAGGCCCAAGGCAUCGGCUAGAAAAGCAAAGCGAGAGAAGGCGCCGUAUGUCUGGGACCAUCAGUACUCGAGAGCGAAAGUCCUGAUGCUUCCAGCACAGGGGAAUGACGCCCCCAAGCAGGUGAGACCAGCUCCGGAGCCGGUGACCUUCGAGGAGGUGGCGGUCUAUCUCACCACCGAGGAGUGGAAGGAGCUGAAGGACUGGCAGCGGGAGCUGUAUCAGGACGUGAUGAAGGAGAAUUACGAGCUGGUCACCUCUGUGGGAGACACCGUGGAGAAGCCAGAGAUUGUCUCGAGGCUGGAGCGCGGGGAAGAGCCGUACGACCCCAGAGAGAGACACGUUCCUGGUCCCCACGGCAUGGCAGGUGGCGGGACCCGGGGGCCUGAGGAGGAGGAGACGCGUCGUGAGGAAGAGCCGGCAGGGCUGGACCCGAGCGAGAUGCUGACGGGGAGAGACGUGGCGAGAGUUUCCCGGGGCUCGGCCGGGACCGGAGCCAGCGCCAGUCGGAGUCAGCGCAAAGGGCACCCGGGCCAGGGGAGGCCUGUGGGGAACGGACAGGACGAAGCCCUGUGGGGCGAGAGGCAGGCCAGGGAUUGCCCAGCCAGCGCUGAGCCCCAGAGCAACGGGGCCCCAGAGAGACCCCGCCCAGUGCCUGAGAACCAGGGGGGCCGCGUGGGGACGGGAGCUGUGCCUCCAACCCCCACUGCAGAGGGGCUGUGUGUGGGGAGCAUUGGGCAGGGCGGGAAGCCAACAGCGGAGCCCGCUGCCCCUGGGGGAGGGGGGCCCCACAAGUGUGGGGAGUGUGGGAAGGGCUUUGGCAGCCAGGCCUCCCUGGCCAGGCACCGGCGGCAGCACGCCGGGGCGGGCGCCUUUCCCUGCAGCCAGUGCGGCAAAGCCUUCAGCAACAAGGCCAACCUCCUGCGGCACCUGAAGCUGCACAGCGGGGAGAAGCCGUACGGCUGCGCCGAGUGCGGGCGGCGCUUCCGCACCAAGCAGACCUUCCUGUCGCACCAGCGCGUGCACACUGGGGAGAAGCCCUUCGCCUGCCGCCAGUGCGGGCGGAGCUUCACGCGCAAGGAGAACCUCGUGCGCCACCAGGAGACCCACGUGCACAAGGAGCCCCACACUUGCCCCGAGUGCGGCAAGAGCUUCCUGCACGAGGGCUCGCUGCUCCUGCACCGCCGUGCCCACUCCGGGGCCCGGCCCUUCCCCUGCGCCCACUGCAGCAAGAGCUUCAACUGGAAGACGAACCUCACCACCCACCUGCGCAGCCACGCCGGGGAGCAGCCCUCCGCCUGCCACCAGGGCGGCCAGCGUUUCGGUGACCGUGGAGACCUGCUGCGGCACCAGAGGGCCCAUGCGGGUGGUGGGCUGCCGACAGGCUACGGCAACGGGGAGACGUUCAGCGAGUUCCUCCAGAUCCACGAGAUGCUGAUCUCCCGCACACACGCCCGCAAGCCCCUCGGUGCCCUCACCAAGUACAAAUGAAACCUGGCUGCAGGGCGGGGGCGGCUCUGCCAGCCCGGGAGCAGGGGAGGAUGCCCAGCCCCAUCUCCCAGCACGUGGCAGGAUAGAUGACCCUGCCAAUGCUGGUAUGCCAGCAGGGUUACAGCCUGGCCGGGGGGGGGAUGCCCUGGUGGGGGAGUGCUCUCUGGAGCUCUGGCUCCUCGGUGCCAGCUCUUCCCGCAGGAGUUUUCCUUUGGGUGGUUAUUGGUUCUCGUCCAGCUAGUUCCAGCUGCUGCUGCCAGAUGUAGGGUGACAGCUGCCCCCUUGGGUGCACUGGUCCCACUGACUCCUAGUGAUGAAGUCCUAGGUAAUAAUAAAGGUAAUAAUUGGAGAUAUACCAAUCUCCUAGAACUGGAAGGGACCUUGAAAGGUCAUUGAGUCCAGCCCCCUGCCUUCACUAGCAGGACCAAUUUUUGCCCUAGAUCCCUAAGUGGCCUCCUCAAGGAUUGAACUCACAACCCUGGGUUUAGCAGACCAAUGCUCAAACCACUGAGCUAUCCCUCCCCCAGAGCAGCAAGCAGCCAGUGCUGCUCUCUGAGCUCUGAUGUCGCGGACCCUUGCAGGAGAGGCUGCUCGGACAUGGCCCGACAGCCAAUCCCUAGCAGAGAAGAGCUGGGCCUAGGAGGAAUCUUCCGGGCCGGCCCCAGGUAGCGCGCAUGGCUCUGGCGCUCCAGCCAAGGGUCCCGAGAGGCAGCGCUUGCUGCAGCAGGGCCCGCGGCUGGGAGAGAAGGCAGCGUUCCUGAGGGGGCGGAGGAGGCGCAGACGGCAGCUUGCUGUACUCCAGGCUGAGGUUUCAGGGGAGUGCAUGGUGACGGCAGGCUGGGUUAGCCUGGGGCUGGAGAGCCAGAGUCUGUCCAGCAGCCUCCGUCCGCAGUCGCAGUCCGGGGGCUGCCAGAGCAGCCUGGCUCGCUGGCCACGGGCCUGUAGCCACACUGGCGAAAGCCUGGCUGGAGGCACCAUUGGCUGGUCUCAGGUCUCGUUACCCAGCCAGGGCCGACUCACCGGUGGGUGCUUCUGAAUCCCAGCUGCCUGCCAGCAUCUUAGCCGCAUCGCUGGCCUUGCCUGUCCAGCCUCAGGUCACCAUUCUGACGACCCGCUGGUGAGAACCAUAGAAAUGCUGGGCUGGAAGGGGCCUCGGGAGGUCACCAGGGCCAGACCCCGGCGCUGAGGCAGGACCAAGAAAACCCAGCGCAGCCCUGACAGGUUCAUCCAGCGGGUUCUUAAAAACCUCCAGUGACGGGGUCUCCAUGACCUCCCUGGGGAGCCUGUCCCAGAGCUUCGCUGCCCUGAGUUCCUGCAAAUCGCCCUCUUGGGCCCCACUUCACUUGGAAGCUGCAGCUCCCAGCCUGGCUCGAGGCUGAGCCCUUGCUGGUCCCCUCUGAAAUCUGGGAGCGCCACGUUUCGCAGGGUCGAGCCGUGUCCCCUGGGCUGGUUUGGGGGCUCCAGUGAUGCUGCAGUUCACGUGGGCGAGAGGGGACGGCUGAGGCGUGUUGGCAGCACCAGCGGGAUCCUGUGUAAAGAACAUUUUUACUGAGAGUGUAAAUCCCCAGCCCAGGUGAGAAAUGUGCCAGCCUCACGCAGGAAGGGAUCGGCUGGCUGACGAAGCACUGAAGCCGCGCGGCACAUAAAUUCACACUCCUGCUGUCAGACCAAGCGUCCAAUAAAACACUUC